AUGACGAGACCUCCGAUGAUCCGAGCCGAUACCAUGGAUCUACAAGACCAUGAUUCCCCCUCGGCUCAGGACCAUUCCAAACACCCCGAAGAAUCAGUUCCGCUGGGCAGCGGCCGGCCUGCUACCCAUCAGGAACAAACCAUUCGUACAGUCAACCAAGAGUCACAAUCGGAAGCCCAGAAUGGUCCCCCCAUGCACAAUGACCCUGAACACCGGGACGGAAUGGAUGAAUACCAGGACGAAGAAACAGAUGAAAUAAAAGAAAAUUCACAGUACGAUCAUGAGGAUAGUGACUUGGUCGAUGGCGACGAUGAUCUUGACGAUGAUAUGAUGGAUAAGAUCUCUAGCUCUCCUUCUAUUGAUGACGAGGACAUUGAUUUUGAAUUUGUCUAUGCGCUCCACAAUUUUGUUGCAACGGUCGACGGACAGGCCAACGCCGCCAAGGGAGAUACAAUGGUCCUUUUGGAUGAUAGCAACAGUUAUUGGUGGUUGGUCCGCGUCGUGAAAGAUGGGAGCAUUGGCUAUCUCCCGGCAGAGCACAUUGAAACGCCUACUGAACGUCUCGCUCGACUGAACAAGCACAGAAAUGUUGAUCUCUCUGCGACUAUGUUGGGCGACAACUCCGAAAAAUCCAAAAACCCUCUAAAGAAAGCCAUGCGCAGACGAAACACCAAAAACGUCAACUUCGCCCCCCCGACUUAUAUCGAGGCAUCGGAUGUUGAAUACUCUACGGAUGAGGACGACUCUGAACAUGGCGACUUUUUUAAUGAUGAUGAGACUGAAACUGUGGAGUCAGAGGAGGGCGAUGGCCAGGAUCAAAAUGAGGAUAUUGUUGUGGAACCUCUUCGGCCCAAGGGGAACAAGCUUGCAGAACAGCCAGAAGUCCAUGCUCCAGAAAGGAACGAGCCGGUGAGAUCAAGCUCUGAAGGACGGAGAUCAAACGAAGAUCCCUUCAGUGACGACGCAGAACCGACGGUCAAAAAGUCUAGAAAUGGUACUGUACGGAAUACAGAUUCUUUCUUCAAGGACGACACCGCAGAGCCGAAGAAGAUUUCUCUCACGCCAAACUUGCUACGCGACGAGUCUACCAGCAAUAGCACGUUGAGCGAAUGGAAAGAGGGACGCGGAAGCUUCGAGGCUGAUAAGGCAUCUCCGCCGCAGGACAAGUCUAAGGAUGACAAGAAACGCAAAGACAAGAAACCAGGGAUGCUCAGUGGUCUUUUCAAGCGGAAGGACAAGAAAAGCAAGGCUGCGGAUGAUGAAGGGGACGAAUUUAUCACGUCUCCAACAUCGCCGACGUCUCCCACACAAUCUGCAUUCCGUGCAUCACCACAACCCAAGGUCUCCAUGGAAUCCAUUGAAUCGCGGACGGCUAGAUCACCGCGACAGGCUGGUAAUAAGCUACAGAAACAACAACAGACGCCUAUUACACCUACGUCUCCCACAGCAGAACCAAAAGAUUAUGACACUACUCAGACAAUUCGGAAAGUUACAUCUCACAGUAGUAGUCUGGAGGAAACCCGAAGAGCUGUGACAUCUCCUUCCAACUACCAAGAUUCUUCGAAGGGAUCCUCGAAAGAGUCUUUUACUACUACUCACGAGUCUCGAGAGCAAGUGAUAUCUCCGGUCGAUCGACCAUCCAGCGAAGCCAAAUGGAGAGGUCCACACGGUCCAACUGAUGGAUCGUCCGAGCGACUCCAAAAUGGAAAAAUUUCCGUGACAAUUCCUGCCCAAAAGUUUGGGCCGAAGUUGGUUGCUCGCGAAAUAGAACCUGAACCAGAACUCGAACCCCAGCCCGAACCCCAGCCCGAACCCCAGCACGAGUCCGAGGCCGAACCUCAGCAUGAACCUGAAUCAGAGCAUGAAUUACCCGUUGAUGAUGUCUCUCCUGUGGAGGGCCACAUCCCGCUCACCAAUUUCCCCCCGUCGUCCCCUGAAACCGACAUGCACGAAACCAAGGGCAGCUUGACUACCCCUGGUUCGGCGGAUAACCUUUCGGUAGACACUCCCACAUGGAGCGAUGCCAGUCUAAGAUCAUACAUGGAUGAAGAAAACGACAUACGCGAUCUAUAUGUUCUUGUCCAUGACAAAUCAAACAUUCCCCCCGCCGGCCCUGACCACCCCGUUACAGGCCGUCUCUUCAAGGAAGAGAGCAGACGACUCAAGGAGAUGAACAAUCAACUUGAUGACCUGCUUGUUAAUUGGAUGUCCCAGCGGAACAGACAUGGCACG